AUGGCCCAGGAAUCAAUGAUAUUCAGGGAUGUGGCUAUAGAUUUCUCUCAGGAGGAGUGGGAAUGCCUGGACCCUGCUCAGAGGGACUUGUACAGAGAUGUAAUGCUGGAAAACUACAGCAAUCUGCUAUCAGUGGGAUUUUACAUACCUAAGCCUCAUGUCAUCUCCUUAUUGGAACAAGGGAAAGAGCCCUGGAUGUUUGGCAGAGAACUGACAAGAGGUCUGUGUUCAGAUCUGGAGUCAAUGUGUGAAACCAAGUUAUUAUCUUUAAAGAAGGAAAUUUAUGAAAUAGAAUCAUGCCAGAGGGAGAUGAUGGGACUUACAAAGCAUGGCCUUGAGUAUUCUCAUUAUAGAGAUGUUUUGGAAUAUGGCAGUCACCUUGAAAGACAACUGGGAUAUCAGAAUGGUCAUUUCAGCCAAGAAAUAUUUACUAAUGGAUAUAUGCCCACAUAUAUUCAACAGACAUUCUUUACUCUGCAUCAAAUAAUUAAUUCUGAAGAGAAACCUUAUGAAUGCAAGAAAUGUGGAAAAGUCUUUAAUCAGAAUACACAGUUUAUUCAACAUCAAAGAAUUCAUAAUGGUGAAAAAUCUUAUGAAUGUAAGGAGUGUGGGAAAUUCUUUAGCUGUGGCUCACAUGUUACUCGACAUCUGAAAAUUCAUACUGGUGAAAAACCCUUUGAAUGUAAUGAAUGUGGAAAGGCCUUCAGUUGUAGCUCAUACCUUUCUCAGCAUCAGAGAAUUCAUACUGGUAAGAAACCCUAUAAAUGUAAGGAAUGUGGGAAAGCCUUUAGUUAUUGCUCAAAUCUUAUUGACCAUCAGAGAAUUCACACUGGUGAAAAACCCUAUGAAUGUAAAGUAUGUAGGAAAGCCUUUACUAAGAGCUCACAACUUUUUCAACAUGCAAGAAUUCAUACAGGUGAGAAACCCUAUGAAUGUAAGGAAUGUGGCAAAGCUUUUACUCAGAGCUCAAAGCUUGUUCAGCAUCAGAGAAUUCAUACUGGUGAAAAACCCUAUGAGUGUAAGGAAUGUGGCAAAGCCUUCAGUAGUGGCUCAGCACUUACUAAUCAUCAGAGAAUUCACACUGGGGAAAAACCCUAUGAUUGUAAGGAAUGUGGCAAGGCUUUUACUCAGAGCUCACAACUUCGACAACAUCAGAGAAUUCAUGCUGGUGAGAAACCUUUUGAAUGCCUUGAAUGUGGGAAAGCCUUUACUCAAAACUCACAACUUUUUCAACAUCAGAGAAUUCAUACAGAUGAAAAACCAUAUGAAUGUAAUGAAUGUGGAAAGGCUUUUAAUAAAUGCUCAAACCUUACUCGACAUCUGAGAAUUCAUACUGGUGAAAAGCCCUAA